UGCUAGCAAGGAAGAGCAGAAAGAGAGCGCAGUGCUUUGGACACACUGACAUCAAGACACACCUUCGCUGUCAUCAAGGGACAAGGAAAGACAGUCAAAAGUCUUCUUUGAUCGUUUGCAUCCGUCGCUGGCCUUUCAUUUGUUCCUGUAUUGACGUCUCCAUGGAGCCGAUGAGGAGUUACUGGCUGUGUGCAGCUGUGCUGUCGUUGACAAGUUGCCCUGGCCAUGCUUUGCGACGAGUGACCCUGAAGAAGAUGCCGUCCAUCAGGGAGAACAUGAGGGAGCUGGGCUUCGCUCUGGACCAGAUGUUCCCUCUACUGACCCAGAAGGCCUCCGAUGAUCCAACCAAUGGGACGGCUCCAACGCCCUUGACCAACUAUCUGGAUACGCAGUACUUUGGGGAAAUCAGCAUCGGCUCUCCUGCCCAGAUGUUUAACGUUGUGUUUGAUACGGGUUCGGCCAACCUCUGGGUGCCCUCCCAGAGCUGUUCUCCUUUCUCCACCGCCUGCUUUACGCACAACAGGUACGACGGAUCCAGAUCCCGGACUCACAUCGACAACGGGACGGGCUUCUCCAUUCAGUAUGCCUCUGGCACCGUCCGAGGAUUCCUGAGUGAGGAUGUAGUUGUGAUCGGCGGCAUCCCCGUGGUCCAGGUGUUCGCCGAGGCCACCGCUCUGUCGGCCAUGCCCUUCAUCUUCGCCAAGUUUGACGGCGUGCUGGGGAUGGGCUACCCCAACGUGGCGAUCGACGGCAUCACCCCCGUGUUCGACGGCAUAAUGUCCCAGCACAUCCUCAAGGAGGAGGUGUUCUCUGUCUACUACAGCAGGGACCCACAGCACUCCCCUGGCGGUGAGCUGGUGCUGGGAGGCACAGACCCCGACUAUUACACUGGGACCUUCAACUAUGUGGCCACAGAGGAGAUGGGAAAGUGGGAAGUGACCAUGAAAGGUGUUUCUGUGGGCGACAGGAUCAUGUUCUGCGUGGAGGGCUGCACCGCCGUGAUAGACACAGGCUCCUCCUACAUAACAGGCCCCGCCUCCUCUGUGUCUGAGCUGAUGACAACGAUCGGAGCUCAGUUGGAUGAAAGUGGCUACAAAGUCAACUGUGAACUGGUGAAGACUUUACCUUCUGUGACUUUUCAUCUGGGUGGCCAAGAGUACGAACUCAGUCACGAGGACUACAUCUUAUGGCAAACCGAGUUGGAGGGGGAUGUUUGCACCGUCACCUUCAGAGGGCUGGAUGUGCCGCCCCCUACAGGCCCCAUUUGGAUUCUGGGAGCCAAUUUCAUUGCGCGCUACUACACAGAGUUUGAUCGGGAAAACAACCGAAUAGGCUUUGCUACAGCAGUCUGA